ACCCCGAACCCCAAACCCCAAAACUUCUCUCAAAAAACCUUUGGUUAAUCUUUGAAAUGGCUGAAAAUGGAGGAAAAUCAGCCAAGACCCAGAAGAAAUCGAGGCGAAUUUGAGGUAGAAAUGGGUUGUUUUUGAAAUUUGAAGAUAGAUUCAAGAACCCCUUUGAGGGUUGUCGCUGUUUUGGGCGGUGGUGGCCCAUGGCGCAAGGUAAUCGAUGUGCUAAUAGCUGAAAUGUUGUGGCAGGGAGGUUUUACAGGCACUUUUUGAAGCCCACCCCCACCCCCUCCACUUUAUUUUCCCCAAUAGGUGACACUCCUUAUACACAAAAACAAGUAGAUUGAAUUGAACAUCAAACUUUGAGGGUAAACUAUCUUGAAUUAUUGAAGAAGACAAAGAAUGCGGAGAACCCAUCAAAAACUGUCCCAUUGCUGAUUGGGGAACGAAAAUGGAGGAUUAAACGAGUGAGUAAAUGUGAAAUCAUCCAACCCCAUCUCCACUACGAACGAUUUUCGGGUUCUUAAGGGUUUCGAAUCGUUUUUUUUGGUUGAUUUUUCCUCGUUUCGUCGAAGAUUUUGUGCUUCCGACUGGCUGAGAUGCCGCGGCCAGGCCCGAGACCGUAUGAGUGCGUGCGGCGAGCUUGGCAUAGUGAUAGACAUCAGCCGAUGAGAGGUUCCAUUAUUCAGCAAAUUUUCAGGUUCUGGGUCGUUUUAAACUUGGCCGAUUCUCUUCGAUUUGAUUGUGUUUUUCUUGUUCUUGUUCUUUUUGUGCAUUUUGGUGAAUUGCACACCAUGUGUUUGAUCAGAGUUGUCAAUGAGAAUCAUAGCCCUGCUACUAAAAAGAACAAGGAAUGGCAAGAGAAAUUGCCGAUUGUGGUUUUGAAAGCUGAAGAAAUCAUGUAUUCUAAAGCUAAUUCUGAGGUUGAGUACAUGAAUCUUGAGACAGUUUGGGAGCGUUUGAAUGAUGCUGUUAAUACCAUAAUUCGAAGAGAUGAACGCAGUGAAACUGGUGAGCUUUUGCCUCCCUGUGUUGAAGCUGCACUAAACCUCGGCUGCGUUCCAGUACGAGCUUCUCGAAGCCAACGCCAUACGAAUCCCAGGACAUAUCUUACUCCAAGAACACAAGAACCAUCUACUCUUGCUACCACAUUGGACAAAGCCAGUGAUGAAAGACCCCUACCGACGUCGUUGUUACGCCCGAGCAACCAGUUGAGUUUUCCACGAGCCACAGCUAUGAACUCGAGUAUGUUUGGUUCUGAGCAUAACAGCCCUACCAUUCCAAGUAACCCUGCUUUCUUGAUUGAGAAUGUUCACAAUUACAACUAUUCGAUGACUGACCUGGGAUCUGUUUAUCCAUUGUAUUAUGGAAUCCGUUUUCGAACUGAAGAGCCGAACGUAGGCUCCCGGUGUUCUGUAGAUGCCAACCAACAGACGAUAUUUUUGGGUAGACCGGUCAUGUCGAGUGCAGAGCCUGCUGAGCUUAGUCUUUGCGCUCGUAAAACUGGAAAUGCUAUGAGCAGAUUCCCAUCAGAAGUUAUCACAGACACAGAAUGUGAUUUAUCUUUAAGGUUGGGAGUACCUUCCCAGCCAUGUGUGAGUACUGGGAAGCCUUGGGCUUCUGAAACCGGAGACAUUGGUUCAAGCAGUUCCCAUGAGCGGAACAAGUUCCACGAUCGACCCAUUUACGCAACUAAAGAGUUCACUUUUUUCCCUAACAGAACUUCGUUCGAUCCAUUUGGUUCCUGCUCGAAUAUGUGGAGCUCAGAUUGGAGGGGUCAGAAUCCAGAAUCUUUCACGAAAAAGCGCAAAGAGCCCAUUCGUAGCGACGAGGAGGAUGAACCAUUUUGUUUUCCACCCGAGGCUCCGUCUAACUGGUUUGACAGUCGAACGAAAAGGCCAGGUUUGUAGACAGUUUUUCCAUGAUGUCGUACUGUCACUAAUAAGAACUAUUCCUUUUGUAGCUUUAGUUGAAAAUUUAUAAUAUUUUGUUCAAGGCCUUCCUAACAUGAGUUGAGUGAACCAUUAACCAACAUGGUUAGAGUAGAAACCCGAACGGUAUGAACGCUUCAUCGAGGCACAUAACUAAUACAACGAUAGAAGUGAAUCC